AGGAGGAGAGGGGAGGAGAGGAGAGGAGAGCUUGCUAUCUGGCAGCCAGCUGAUCUGUGCAGUGGCAUUCAGCUCACACUAGGCAAGAGAAGGAGGGAGCACUGCCAGAUACAAGGAGGUAGAGAGAGAGAGAGAGAGAGAGAGAGAGAGAGAGAGAGAGAGAGAGAGAGAGAGAGAGAGAGAGAGAGAGAGAGAGAGAUAGAGAGAAGGGGGUGUUGAGUAAUCUCUGUCUAUUUUGACGUGACAGUUUUGUGAGAGAGGUGGUAGCAGCGAGCGGAGAUCAACGUCAGCAGUAACAAGUGCGUGUUUGGGGUGUGUGUAUUCUCACACACACUCACACACACACACACACACACGUCUUAGUCUUAGUGUGUGUGUGGGAGUGUGUCCGCGCAGUUUGUUCAGCACAGGAGAACAGACAGGGAGACAGAGCAUUCACAACAGAGAGAGAGAGCGAGGGAGUGAGAAAGAGAGAGAGAGAGAGAGAGAGAGAGAGAGAGAGAGAGCGAGGGAGAGGUGUUCCGCUUCUGAAAAGAAGGAAGCAGCAGCAGCAACAGAGAGAGCGAGCGAGCGAGAGAGGACGCAGCAGCAUGAAGAAAACAGACCUGAGGCAACGAGCAUAGCGCUCGCUUAGAACCACGUGAGGCAGUCUCAGCACUCCACGUGUGCCCUGGCAAAGAACAACAUCACAGAGACCCAGGCAGAAUAGAGAGAGAGAGAGGAAGAGGGAGGAAGAGGGAGGGAGGGACAGAGAGAGAGAGAGAGAGAGAGAGGAAGAGGGAGGGAGGUAGAGAAAAACAGAGAGGAAGAGAGAGAGAGAGAGAGAGAGGGAGGAGAAGGAAAAAAAAAGCAGGGGAAAAGUGAGUCACAGACUGGGCUUCAGUGGAUUGCAACCAUAUUGCGUGGAGGAGUCGGCUGAAGACCGAAACAGAACGAGAGGAAGAGAGAGGAGAGGACUGAGGAGUUUGUUUGAGAAGACGCUGCCGAGGUCUUUUGGGUGUGGGUGCGGGCACUCGAAGUCGUGAUGUCGUGGCUGUCGCCCGUGUCGUGGGGCAAAUGGGCCUGGUCGGCGGUUCGGGGAGGAGGAGAGGAGGAGGAGAACGGAGGAGAAGGAGAGGGGGAUGAAGAGAGGGAGGGAGAGAGAGAGGUGGACUCUCCUGAUGUGGACGAGGACAGGUCUCAGGGCUUCAGCUCGGAUUCGGAGGGUCACUUUGAGACCCCGGAGGCGGCCACCCCCGUGCACCAGCCCAUGAAGAUACCUGGAGAUGGAGGCCUGGAGGCCAUGCAAGACACACACGCUGCAGAUGCUCCAGUGGAGGAUGUGGGCCAGAUGACCCAGACCCAUUCCCCUGAGGCCCAGAAGCCCACACUGGACCAGAACCAGAACUCUAAGGAGGGCGACGAGCCUCUCUCAGACCCAGCACCGGGCUCCACGAUGGUGGAACCGCCCGUGACCUCCUCCCCAGAACCCACACAGAACAUUACCACAGAGCUGGAACCACCCACAGAGACUAUUGGACCGGAUAGCGGUACUGUGACAGGGAGAAGUGAGGAGCUUUGUAACGGACACGCCAACAACAAGCGUUCCCCAAAAUCGAAGACAAAGUCCCGCAAACCCAGACCCCCGUCUCUGGACAUGCAGACGUCCCUCAACGCCCCGGACCCGUCCGAGGUGGACGACGAGCCCCCCCUGCCCAAGGGCGGCUACAGUUUCGACCCGGACACGUUCGACGACAGCGUCAACCCUUUCACCAGCGGCGGGUCCAAGAUCAGUAACUCGCCGCCCCCCUUCGAUGACAGCGUCAACCCGUUCACCAGUGGCGGCUCCAAGAUCCGGAACUCCCCGCCCCCCUCUGCCACCACCCUCAACCAAUCAGAGCCCUCGGGGGUGCCAGAGGUGGUGGCGGCGGCUCCGCCAGAGGAGACAGCACUGCCAGUCAAAUUGGAGUUUGGCGUGAGUGACGACGAGCCGCCCAAGAAGCCGCCGCCCAAGAAGCUGGGCAAGAGGCCGACGAGCAAGCUGCCUUCCAGCCGGAAACCUCGAGCGAAGGCAACAGAACCAGCAGCAGCAGAACCCACGGCCACCACGUACUUACCCGCUUCAGAACCAACCCCAGCAGCAGCGGUCCCCGACCCAGCAGCAGCGGCCCAGAGCAUGGAGGACAUGCCCUUACCCAAGUCCUCGUACAGCUUCGACCCCAGCCAGUGGGACGACCCCAACUUCAACCCGUUUGGCGGCGGGGGCGGCGCUAAGAUGAGCAGCUCCCCCACCCUACCCAAACGGGGCGGCGGCUACAGCUUCGACCCGGAAAAUUUCGACGACUCGGUGGACCCGUUUAAGUCCACCAAGACGCUAGGGGGCGCUGGCGCUGGUGGAGACGACCCGCCGGCCAAACAGAGACUAGACUGCCCCCUAGAGGAGGCGGAGGAGAAGAAGGGAGCCAGGCUGUCUCCCAAGCCUGGCAAAGACAGGAUCAUUACGAACUCCUGCAAGCUGAAGAAGUAUGACAAUCAGGCCCUGGUACUGGACAUAUGCAAUCAGGAAGUGGACUCGGAGGAGAGUCAGGUGCCAGAGAGCACCCACCGCGUUCGCCACGCCACAGACGAGGAGAAGCUGGCCAGUACCACGAAAGCCCAGAAGGGGGAGCCGGAGAGCGAGCUGUCGGACUGCUCCAAUGGCAUCAAGGCCAGAGCAGAUUACAACUUUGAAGAGGACUUGAAGACCGCCGAUGACCUCAGUGAGCAGGACUCAUCGUUAUGCAGUCCUGUACCGAUGAGUGAUGACUCCCUAAAGACCCUCAGCCUGGGCAAGACAGGAAGUGAUGUCAUGGUGAAAGGAAGUCCCAGUCUGGACUCCAUCCCCCUCACCGAGAUGGACAAAGCAGCUGUGCUCACACUCAUACGAGAGGAGAUCAUCACCAAGGAGAUCGAGGCCAACGAGUGGAAGAAGAAAUACGAGGAGAGUCGAGUGGAGGUCAUCGAGAUGAGGAAAAUUGUUGCAGAGUAUGAGAAGACAGUGGCACAGAUGAUUGAGGAUGAGCACUGUAAGAACAUGGGUUCCCAGAAGAGCGUCCACCAGAUCACCAUGGAGCGAGACCAGGCCAUGGCCGACCUCAACUCAGUGGAGCGCUCCCUCUCAGACCUCUUCAGGAGAUACGAGAACAUGAAGACCGUCCUGGAGGGCUUCAAGAAGAAUGAGGAGGUCCUGAAGAAGUGUGCCCAGGAGUACCUGGCUCGGGUUCGACAGGAGGAGCAGCGCUACCACACACUCAAACUCCACGCGGAGGAGAAACUAGACAAGGCUAAUGAGGAGAUAGCUCAGGUGCGUUCGAAGGCCAAUGCGGAGAGUGUUGCGCUGACCGCCAGCUUCAGGAAGGAGCAGAUGAAGGCGGAGUCACUGGAGAGGGCCCUGCACCAAAAGGAUCAAGAGAUCGAGGAGCUGACCAAGAUCUGUGAUGAGCUGAUAGCCAAGAUGGGCAAAACCGACUGAACUCUGCCACCCUGCACAGGCCUACACACACACACACACACACACACACACACACACACACACACACACACACAUACACACAUAGACUUACAGAGAGAGACUCACUCACACACACCUUCUGUUCGCCUAUCGACAGCAGUGAACUGGAUUUCACCCUUCCUUUCUGGUAUCUCCCUGCAGUCCCACCUGUAUAGCCACACUUCCUGUCUCCACUCUGUGCCACAAGCAAAAAUUUGAACUCAUUCUCAACUCUCCACCAAAAAACACGGAAACAAAUGUGUGCACGCACGCGCACACACACACACACACACACACACACACACACACACACACACACACACACACACACACACACACACACACACACACACACACACACGAAACUCCGAGCUUCAACAAAACAACACCUUCUCAGAUCUAUCUGGGUUUCUCCCUGAUGCCCGGCCCAGGUCAAUAAGGCAAAGCCCUGCUCUGGAAUGCCCGACUCGACCAGACGCCCAGACGGUAAACACACAAAAAGCCCCCUUGUCUGUCAGUCCGUCUGGUGUCUGAUGGGGAGCUGUGUUGGCCAGGAAGUGAUGUUGGUUAGAGCUGUGCUUGUA